ACUGAAUACCCAUCUCGAUGGAACUUUUUGACCGUCAUACCUUAGCAGUUCAGCUAUCGUCGUUCUCCAAUGAAUGCCGGACAGGCUUCAGCACGUCGGCUGGCCAUCAAGGCUGGUUCGCCCUCAGCCGACAGUGUCUGCUUUACUUGUAGACUAAGCAUCACUCGACGGCAUUACGCGCAAGCCGCAGCAGCAGCAGUAGCGGAAGCCCCUACUUCGAUGUCCUCUACAUCUCUGAGCUCCGAGAAUGCCGCGCCAAAACGAAUGUUUGAGGUCCGUACCGGUGUCGUUCUUUCCCGGGCCCCUAUGAUCACACGCGACCUCCAUCCUUUCGAAAAAGCCUUCUACCUGUAUCAGCGUCGACUUAACGAACGGCUAGCCAUGCCGUUCACGAAGUAUUUGUGGUACAAGAAGAAUACACCUUUAGAUAGAGACGAAAAGAAGAAGCGGAAAGAGCGCUUAACGUUCGCAAAGGACAUUGGCAAAUAUCAUGCGUACGGCGCGGAGGGAUGGCACGAUGAGCUACUUGUUGGUGCAAAGGAGAGCGAGCCAGAACAUCAGCUUGAUGCACUUCUACAUGAUGCGGAGUUGCCGGAUCUGGACGAGAAUCAAGAAGGUGCUGUCAAACACGAGCAAGUCCAGCGGCCAGCACCUCGUGUUACCGAAGCGGACAAAAGGAAUGACCAGAAAAGCCUCAAUAGAUUACUUCAACGUACACUCUAUCUCCUGGUGAAGGACCAGCGGGGCCGAUGGAGCUUACCUGAAGCACCAGUGGAUGGCUUCGAGAGGUUGCACCGAGCGGCAGAGCGUAUUAUUGUGGAAACCGGCGGGCUCAACAUGAACACGUGGGUCAUUGGCAAUGUCCCCGUAGGCCACUAUGCUGAAACCCUCGCCAAUCCGGUGACCACCAAUGGCAUUGAGAAGCUCGGAGAGAAGACCUUCUACAUGAAGGCGCGCAUAUUCGCAGGACAAGCGAACGUUGAGGAUAGCGUGUUGGGCGUCCAGGAUUUCUGUUGGCUGGCUAAAGAAGAAGUGCAGCCUUUGGUGUCGCCCAAGUACUGGAAAGCGAUCCAUGACAUGCUAGCGGAUCGAUAAUGUACGGUGAGCAUAUGUAUUAUUUGUAGAAUAGACUGCAUGAAGUGUAAAUAGAGGAAUGUGUAUUCCUUUGUAUGGAAUGUGUCCUCUGGACGUUCAUUGCAGAACUGUCGCAUUACCGGC